AUGAGGCUUAGAACAUCGAGAUUAGGCUACCUGUUACUUCAGUUCUUAGCGCUGUGUUUUUACACACAGAACACAGUGCAGUCCCACUCCCCACCUCCUAAUUUCAAGCACCAUGUGAACGAGCAGUGCCGGUUGUCUGACCGGAUGAGCCGCCGGUUGAUUCGGACCUACCAGCUCUACAGCCGGACCAGCGGCAAACAUGUCCAGGUUCUGGGCAAUAAGAAAGUGAAUGCCAUGGGCGACGACGGAGCUGUGCACGCCAAACUUGUGGUGGAGACGGACACGUUUGGUAGUCGUAUUCGGAUCAAAGGGGCAAAGACUGGCUACUACAUCUGCAUGAACAAGACGGGGAAAUUGAUUGGCAAGCGGAAGGGUCGCGGCAAAGACUGCAUCUUCACAGAGAUCGUUCUGGAGAACAACUACACUGCUCUCCAGAAUGCUAAAUAUGAGGGCUGGUACAUGGCCUUCACACGUAAAGGAAGACCCCGCAAGGCCUCCAGGACCAAGCAACACCAGAGGGAGGCCCACUUCAUGAAACGCCAGCCCAAGGGCCACCUCCUGGGUGACACCCAGCCCUUUGAUGUCCUCCCCCUCCCUGUGGUCCCCUUCCACCCUCGGAGGACUAAACAUACCCAUCACCACAGCUCAGGGGCCCACUGA